AUGAGCCUGUCAACGGGCCGGGAGGGCAGGCCUGUGGCUGAGCUCGUCCAGCCGAACAAGCCGAGAAAGGAGAGCGCAGAUCAAAGGCCUCGAUGUGCUCGCCGGUCUAGCGGCCCCGUCUGCCGACGCGGUGACGAAUGCCGUCAAGUCGGGCCUAGCGAUGAGUCAUCCCCCUCCGCACUCUGUUCACUCCAGCCCAGCCUAUCUUCGGCUUCUGUUUGUUCGUCUGCUCUUGCUGAGCUGACCGACUUAUUCACCUACCCGGCCUAUUUCAACCGACGCAAGUUGAACCAGACAGAUUGCGUAGAGGGCUGUUGA